UUCCCAUCUUUACCUAAACAAUGAAAUGAACCAGUUGUCUUCAAUGUUGACCACCUCCAGAUCUCCUGCCCUCCUCCUGCUUCCCUGACAUUACCCUUCUUCCCCUCCCUGUCCCUCUCCCUCUCCCUUUCCCUUUCGUUCUUUAAGUCUUUGGUCAGAUCUGUAGAAUUUUGAGGCCUCUUCGUUUCUUUUUCCUUCCUCUGCUUUGCUUUGACGUCGUCUCCGUCUUCUUCUUCUUGUUCUUAUUUUAAUCUUAUAUUCCUUUUCCUAACCCUACGAAGAAGAAGUCUACAAAAUGGAGGACAACCCGCACGAGCCGGCUGAGUCGUCCCAACCGGUCGAUCGCGGCAGAGGCGAAGAGGCCCGCCUUGCCCUCUCCGGCGGCAGCCCCUCCAGCUCCCUCGCGGAGGACGACCUCUUCGAGCCCGUCUCCCUCAGAGAUCUUGAAAACGCCGCCCCAGAUCCCGAUCCCGAUCCCACUCCCACCCCGGCUCCCCUCCGCUUCUCCUCGGCCUCCGACGAUCGGCACCGUCUUUCCGCCGCUUCCUCGCCCGCCGCCUCCGCCGCCCCCUUCUCCUCGCCCGCCGACAUGGCGGGCGAGCUGCCUCCCAGCCCUUCGGAACCCGCGAUCCAUCCGUCCUCAUCCUCCGCAAGCUUCGACUCGUAUGUGUCCCCCCUCGGGUCGCCGGCCAAGCCGCGGUCGAAGCCGGCGUUGCCCGACGUCUCGCCGGAGGUCGUCCAUCUGGUUGACUCCGCCAUCAUGGGGAAGGUGGAUAGUUUGGAGAAGCUUAGGUCAGUGAUCUCCGGGGAAGGGACCGACGGCGUUGGGGAUGUUUCGAGAGCCGUGGUGGACGCGCUUCUCGCUACCAUGGGCGGCGUGGAAGGUCUUGAUGACAUUGGUGGUGGCGGGAAUGUGGAUGCAAGUUCUCCGAGCGUGAUGUUGAGCUCGAGGGCUGCGGUGGUUGCCGCAGAGUUGAUCCCCUGGUUUCCCUGGGAAGGGGAUUCUGGGACUUACAUGUCGUCAAGGACUAGGAUGGUUAAAGGUUUGCUUAUGAUCUUACGAGCAUGCACAAGAAAUCGAGCAAUGUGCUCAGCUUCGGGUUUGUUAGGCACUCUCCUGCUAUCUGCUGAGAAGAUAUUCAUCGAUUCAGUUAACCGCAGUUCCUGGGAUGGCACAUAUUUAUGCCAAUGCAUUCAGGUCUUGGCGGGACAUUCUCUGAGUGUGCUUGAUCUCCACAAAUGGCUUGGUGUCAUUAAGAAUACCUUGCCGACUGACUGGGCAAAACCUUUGAUGCUGGCAUUGGAGAAGGCCAUGGGGAGCAAUGAGGCGAGAGGCCCUGCACACAGUUUUGAGUUUGAUGGGGAGAGCUCUGGGUUGCUAGGUCCUGGGGAUAGCCGAUGGCCUUUCUACAAUGGGUAUGGAUUUGCCACUUGGAUUUAUAUAGAAUCAUUCUCAGACACCCUCAACACGGCAACCGCUGCUGCUGCUAUUGCUGCAGCUGCAGCAGCAAAGUCAGGUAAGUCAUCUGCCAUGUCAGCAGCUGCAGCAGCUAGUGCGCUUGCGGGAGAAGGGACCACUCAUAUGCCUAGACUCUUCAGCUUUCUGUCUGCCGACAACCAUGGAGUGGAGGCUUACUUCCAUGGGCAGUUCUUGGUAGUGGAGUGUGGCAGUGGCAAGGGAAAGAAGGCUUCUUUGCACUUCACCCAUGCAUUCAGGCCUCGAAGCUGGUACUUUGUUGGGUUGGAACACACUUGCAAGCAAGGUUUGCUUGGAAAGGCUGAGAGUGAGUUGAGAUUGUAUGUAGAUGGGAAUCUGUAUGAGAGCCGCCCGUUUGAGUUUCCACGCAUCUCAAAGUCCUUGGCAUUUUGCUGCAUUGGGACGAACCCACCUCCCACCAUGGCUGGACUUCAACGGCGGCGGCGACAAUGUCCGUUAUUUGCAGAGAUGGGGCCUGUUUACAUCUUUAAGGAACCGAUUGGUCCAGAAAAAAUGCUUCGACUGGCUUCCAGGGGAGGAGAUGCACUUCCUUGUUUCGGAAAUGCUGCUGGGUUUCCCUGGAUGGGAGUGAAUGAUCAUGCGAGGAGUCUGGCAGAAGAGAGCUUUUCAUUGGAUGCUGAGAUUGCAACAAAUCUGCAUCUUUUGUAUCACCCUAAACUGCUAAGCGGCCGGUAUUGUCCGGAUGCUUCACCUUCAGGUGCAGCAGGUAUUCACCGAAGACCUGCCGAGGUCCUUGGGCUGGUUCAUGUUGCUUCUCGUGUACGCCCAACGGAAGCAUUAUGGGCCUUAGCCUAUGGGGGUCCAAUGGCUUUGCUUCCAAUGACAAUAAGCAAUGUCCAGACAGAAAGCCAAGAACCCAUACUUGGUGAUUUUCAUUUGUCUGUUGCAACUACUUCCCUUUCUGCCCCUAUUUUCAGAAUUAUCUCCGUAGCUAUUCAACAUCCUGGAAAUAACGAAGAGUUAUGUCGGACCCGGGCACCUGAACUUUUGUCAAGAGUUUUACAUUAUCUGGUACAGACACUCUCUAAACUGGCACUUGGAAAGCAACAUGGAUUGAGUGAUGAGGAGCUUGUUGCUGCUAUUGUUUCUCUGUGUCAAUCUCAGAAACACAAUAAAAAACUCAAAGUAGAGCUUUUUAGUACUUUGCUGUUGGAUUUGAAGAUAUGGAGUCUGUGCAAUUACGGUUUGCAAAAGAAGCUCCUUUCUUCACUUUCAGACAUGGUAUUCACCGAAGCAUUAGUCAUGAGGGAAGCAAACGCCUUGCAAAUGCUUCUUGAUGGCUGCAGAAGAUGCUAUUGGAUUGUUCGUGAAAAAGAUUCAGUUGAUACUUUUUCACUAAAUGGGACAUCAAGGCCUGUUGGUGAAGUGAAUUCACUGGUUGAUGAGCUCUUAGUGGUUAUUGAACUUUUAAUAGGUGCAGCAUCACCUUCAUUGGCGGCUGAUGAUGUUCGGUGUUUGAUUGGUUUUCUGGUUGACUGUCCACAGCCUAAUCAGGUUGCUAGGGUGUUGCACUUAUUCUAUAGAUUGGUGGUGCAGCCCAAUACAUCUCGAGCUAGCACGUUUGCACAGUCCUUCAUAUCUUGUGGUGGAAUAGAAACACUGCUGGUUCUUCUGCAGAGGGAAGUAAAAACUGGGAACCAUAAUAUCUUGUCUCGUUCUGGUGAAAGUGAUGCAGAUAAUGUAUUGAAAAAUUGUUCUGCACAGGAAACCAGUCUGGGUGAUCAAUUAGAAUUAUCUGAUGAAAAGGAGUCAGCUUCUAAUGGAAAGAACUUAGUUUCAAAAUCCUUGAACAGUGAUCAUGGCUCUUUUAAGGUUUCAUUGGCUGCAAACAUUGAAAGAAUGAUAUCUGCUCCUGAGAAUCAGCUUGUAAAGAAUCUGGGAGGCAUCGGUUUCUCAAUUACUGCUGACAGUGCUAGAAACAAUGUCUAUAACAUUGAUGAUGGUGAUGGAAUUGUUGUUGGAAUUCUCAGUCUUUUGGGUGCUCUUGUCACAAACGGUCAUCUGAAAAUUGUCUCAAAUACUACUACAACUCCAUCUGGUAAUAUUCUUAGUACAGGUCCUGAAGGAGGCACCAUGUUUGAUGACAAAGUGUCCUUGCUCCUUUUUGCAUUACAGAAAGCUUUUCAAGCUGCUCCACGGAAGCUUAUGACCACCAACGUCUAUACUGCUUUAUUGGGUGCCACGAUAAAUGUCUCUUCUGCUGAUGAUGGCUUGAACCUAUAUGAUUAUGGUCACCGUUUUGAGCAUGUCCAACUUUUGUUGGUCCUUCUCCGGUCACUUCCAUAUGCAUCCAGGGCAUUCCAGGUUCGAGCUAUACAGGAUCUUCUUUUUCUGGCUUGCAGUCAUCCAGAAAAUAGAAGUAGUCUCACUAGCAUGGCAGAAUGGCCAGAGUGGUUGUUGGAGGUCUUAAUAUCAAAUUAUGAGAUGGGUUCAAAUAAAGACUCCAAUGGUGUAAGUCUUGGUGAGCUAGAGGACCUCAUACAUAACUUUCUCAUAAUCAUGUUAGAACAUUCAAUGCGCCGAAAAGAUGGAUGGAAGGACAUAGAAUCUACCAUUCAUUGUGCAGAAUGGCUGUCAAUGGUUGGGGGAUCUAGUACAGGUGACCAACGAGUCAGACGUGAAGAGUCCCUGCCUAUCUUUAAAAGAAGGCUAUUGGGUGGCUUGCUAGAUUUUGCAGCUAGGGAGCUUCUAGUUCAGACUCAAAUUAUUGCAGCAGCGGCUGCUGGUGUUGCUGCUGAGGGCUUGUCACCACUAGAAGCUAAAGCAGAAGCAGAAAAUGCUGCACAUCUUUCAGUUGCUUUGGCUGAAAAUGCAAUUGUUAUUCUGAUGCUUGUAGAAGAUCAUUUACGUUUUCAAGGACAGCUAUUUGUUUCAGCCCGUGCAGCUGACAGCAUUGGGUCCCCUGCUUCUUUGACCUCAGCUACUAUUAGUCGCACAAAUUCUAUAGGUAGAACUGGUAGUGAACCUGUGGAUAAUAUUCCCUCGAAGAGGUCAUCAUUGUCCAGUGAUGCCGGAGGUCUUCCCCUUGAUGUUCUUGCUUCUAUGGCUGAUGCAAACGGACAAAUUUCUGCAGCAAUUAUGGAGCGCCUUACGGCAGCUGCUGCAGCGGAACCUUAUGAAUCUGUUCGAUGUGCAUUUGUAUCUUAUGGUAGCUGUGCUUUAGAUCUAUUGGAGGGUUGGAAGUACAGGAGUAGGUUGUGGUAUGGUGUUGGCCUUCCCUCAAAAGCAACAGCUUUUGGUGGUGGAGGAAGUGGCUGGGAAUCUUGGAAUGCUGUUCUGGAAAAAGACUCAAAUGGAAACUGGAUUGAACUUCCAUUAAUGAAGAAAUCCAUAGCGAUGCUUCAAGCACUUCUGUUGGAUGAAUCUGGAAUUGGCGGUGGUCUCGGUAUUGGUGGUGGAUCUGGAACUGGAAUGGGAGGAAUGACAGCACUUUACCAGUUGUUGGACAGUGAUCAGCCAUUUUUAUGCAUGCUCCGGAUGGUUCUUGCAGCAAUGAGGGAGGAUGACAACGGUGAAGAUGACAUAUUUAUGAGGAACAUUAGCAUUAAGGACGGCAUUUCUGAAGGAUUAAUUUAUCGUAGUGGGAACCUCAUGCCAUUUGAUAGUAGCAAUCGUUUGCCAGCAAGGAAACCCCGCUCAGCACUUCUUUGGAGUGUACUUGCACCAAUACUGAACAUGCCAAUAUCUGAAUCCAAGAGACAGAGGGUUUUGGUUGCAUCUUGCAUUUUGUUUUCAGAGGUCUGGAAUGCCAUUGGAAGGGAUAGAAAACCUGUCAGAAAACAGUACGUCGAAGCCAUUUUGCCACCUUUUGUUGCUAUUCUCAGGCGUUGGCGACCACUUUUGGCUGGUAUACAUGAAUUUACUUCCUCGGAUGGUCAAAAUCCCCUCAUUGUCGAUGAUCGGGCUUUGGCUGCUGAUGCACUGCCUCUUGAGGCUGCUGUUUCAAUGAUGUCACCUGGUUGGGCUGCUGCUUUUGCAUCACCUCCUGCUGCAAUGGCACUAGCAAUGAUUGCUGCUGGUGCUGCUGGUGGGGAAGUUGUUGUAACACCUAUUAAAAAUACACCGCUUAGGCGUGAUACGUCCCUAUUUGAGCGAAGGCAAACUAGACUACAUACCUUUUCAAGCUUUCAAAAGCCUCCUGAAACAGCAAACAAGUCUCCACCUGUCCCAAAAGACAAAGCAGCUGCAAAAGCUGCUGCUUUGGCUGCUGCACGUGAUCUCGAACGAAAUGCUAAGAUAGGUUCUGGAAGAGGUCUUUGUGCUGUAGCAAUGGCUACUUCAGCACAAAGGAGAAGUCAAAGUGAUUCUGAGCGUGCCAAGCGAUGGAAUAUUUCUGAAGCCAUGGGUGCUGCUUGGAAUGAAUGCCUUCAAUCAGUUGAUUCAAAAACAGUUUCAGGGAGAGACUUCUCUGCACUCUCAUAUAAAUAUGUUGCAGUGCUUGUAGGAAGUUUUGCUUUAGCAAGAAACAUGCAGCGGGGUGAGAUGGAUAGGCGACUACAAGUUGAGAUAUUGGAUAAGCACCACUUAUCCAUUGGUAAUCGGGCAUGGAGAAAACUUCUUCACCGUUUGAUAGAGAUGAGUGGACUUUUUGGACCUUUUGGAGACUCCCUAUGUAACCCUAAGCAUGUCUUUUGGAAGUUGGAUUUCACAGAAAGUUCUUCUAGGAUGAGACAAUACUUGAAAAGAGACUAUAAUGGUUCUGACCAUCUAGGUGCAGCUGCUGAUUAUGAAGAUCGAUUGCAAAUCAAACUUGGUGAAGAAUCAAAUGUACAUGAAGAAAAUAAUCAAGAUGCUUCACUAAGUAAAAACUUCGCUUCCAAUGCUUCCAUGAUAAUGGCAGAGGCAAUAUCUUUGGAAGAAAGAAAUGAGGAUGAUGAGCAAAUGGAUACUGCAAUUAGUGAGAGCAAUAACAAUAAUCAACAGAAAGAAUCUUUCACUACUGAAAAGGGUUCAAUAGAUCCUAGAAGUUCUGGAACUUCUAAUGAUCAUAGUUUGGUUCAGUCCACUUUUGUGGAUUCCCCUGGUUAUGUGCCUAGUGAAUCUGAUGAAAGAAUUAUUGCUGAACUUCCAUCGCUAAUGGUUCGGCCACUAAAGGUUGUGCGAGGAACCUUCCAGGUAACGACCAAGAGAAUUAAUUUCAUUAUAGAUGAGCGAACCAGUGAUGCUUCCUUAGAGGAUGGGGUGGGUGCUUCUAGUCAAUGUAAUGAGCAGGAGAAGGAUCGAAGCUGGUUGAUCUCAUCUAUUCAUCAAAUGUUUAGCAGAAGAUAUCUUCUUAGAAGGAGUGCUUUAGAACUGUUCAUGGUUGAUCGUUCAAACUUUUUUUUUGAUUUUAUGAGUACUGAAGGGCGCAAAAAUGCUUAUCGUGCAAUCGUUCAAUCUCGUCCUCCUCAUUUAAACAACGUCUAUCUUGCUACACAAAGGCCUGAACAAAUUCUUAAAAGAACUCAGCUCACAGAACGUUGGGCACGCUGGGAGAUUAGCAAUUUUGAGUAUCUAAUGGAACUAAACACCCUGGCUGGGCGGAGUUACAAUGACAUCACACAGUAUCCUGUUUUCCCCUGGAUUCUAGCAGAUUAUUCUUCUAAGACACUGGAUCUUGAGGAUCCUGCAACAUACAGAGAUCUUUCAAAGCCUGUUGGAGCGUUAAAUCCUGAAAGACUAAAGAAGUUCCAAGAGAGGUACUCCAGUUUUGAUGAUCCUGUCAUCCCCAAAUUCCACUAUGGCUCUCAUUAUUCUAGUGCGGGAACGGUUUUGUAUUACCUUGUUAGAGUGGAGCCAUUUACCACUCUUUCUAUUCAACUACAAGGUGGCAAAUUUGACCAUGCUGAUCGUAUGUUUUCUGAUAUUAGUGGUACUUGGGAUGGUGUACUUGAAGAUAUGAGUGAUGUGAAAGAGUUGGUUCCAGAAAUGUUUUACCUCCCUGAGGUACUAGUCAAUGUGAAUUCCAUUGAUUUUGGAACAACUCAACUUGGAGGAAAAUUGGAUUCUGUGAAAUUACCUCCUUGGGCUGAUAGCCCUGUUGAUUUCAUCCAUAAGCAUCAUAUGGCUCUUGAAAGUGAGCAUGUAUCUUCUCACUUACAUGAGUGGAUUGACCUCAUUUUUGGAUACAAGCAGCGUGGUAAUGAAGCUGUGGAAGCAAAUAAUGUUUUUUUCUAUAUUACAUACGAAGGGACAAUUGAUAUCGACAAAAUCGAAGACCCAGUACAAAGACGUGCUACCCAAGACCAGAUUGCAUAUUUUGGGCAAACACCAUCUCAAUUGUUGACCGUUCCACAUUUAAAGAAAAGACCCUUGGCUGAUGUUCUACACCUACAGACCAUAUAUCGCAAUCCAAAUGGGAUUAGACCUUAUGCAGUUCCAAAUCCAGAUCGCUGUAAUGUUCCUGCCGGUGCAAUUUUUGCAUCACCUGACUCUGUAGUAGUUGUGGAUACAAAUGCACCUGCAGCAUAUGUGGCACUGCACAAAUGGCAACCAAAUACUCCCGAUGGCCAUGGAACACCUUUCCUGUUUCAACACGGUAAGGCUGCUGCUAGUUCAACUGGUGGUGCGCUCAUGCGCAUGUUCAAAGGACCUGGUCCAUCUGGUACAGAUGACUGGCAAUAUCCUCGGGCUUUAGCUUUUCCAGCAUCUGGAGUGCAAAGCUCAGCAAUUGUUGCAAUCACAUGUGACAAAGAGAUCAUCACCGGUGGGCAUUCUGAUAACUCCAUCAAGUUGAUCUCCUCUGAUGGGGCCAAAACGAUUGAAACUGCUGCUGGGCAUUGUGCACCUGUGACCUGUCUUUCCCUUUCAAAUGACAGCAACUAUCUUGUCACGGGUUCUCGAGACACAACUGUUAUAAUUUGGAGAAUACACCGUGUUUCUCCUUCAAAUGCAAAGAAUGUAUCAGAAUCUACCCCAACAGCAAUUAGUCCUGCAGGUGGUAGCGAUCCAAAUAGUACACUAGACACUAGCAGAAGGCAUCGGAUUGAAGGCCCCAUGCAUGUAUUAAGAGGUCAUCUUGGAGAGAUAAUCUCCUGUUCUGUUUGUUCUGACCUAGGUGCUGUUGCUUCCUGCUCAAAUGCUUCCGGCGUUAUCCUACAUUCUUUGAGGAGAGGUCGAUUGAUAAAGAAGCUAGAUAUUAAGGAGGCACAUAUUGUCUGCCUCUCAUCUCAAGGAGUUCUAUUAAUUUGGAAUAAGAUCAAGAAAAGUCUAUCCACCUUUACAGUCAAUGGGAUACCGAUUGCUACAACAGUUAUAUCACCUUUCUCUGGCAGAAUCAGUUGCAUUCAGAUUUCUGCUGAUGGGGAAAAUGCUUUAAUUGGGACAUCAUCUUGUACAAAUGAUACUACUAAAGAUGACAUUGUCGCAGAAAAUAACAAUAUGGAGUUAGACAGAACUGACGUUUCUAAUGAAAACACAGAGGACAGAAUAGCAGUUCCUGUUCCUUCAAUUGCUUUCCUAAAUUUGCAUACCCUGAAGGUUUUUCAUACUUUGGUUUUGGAACGAAGUCAAGACAUCACUUGCAUAGGUCUGAACAAGGAUAGCACCAACCUUUUAGUAUCAACAGCAGAUAAACAGCUGAUAGUUUUCACAGACCCUGCUUUGAGCUUGAAGGUAGUGGAUCACAUGCUUCGGCUUGGUUGGGAAGGUGAUGGUCUGCUUCAAUCAUGAGCGGUUGAUUCUUUUCGACGCAUGAUUCUUGACCUCUUGUGGCUUUCGGCCAGCCAUCGACCAACCAUAUGUGUUGUGAAACACAUUGUGCAAAUAGUAGGAUAGCAGAAUAUUGAAACAUUGUGCAGAAGAGAGGAUGCAGAGUUGUCUAUUUUUCUUCAUUCUGUAUAUGAUCUUAUUGUUUUAUAGAUGAAAUCAGUUUUGAGGUUUUUCUCCUCCUCUUU